UGAGCAAGGAGCCUGAUGGGGGACUUUCAUUUUCAUAAGUGUCUUUAAGAGCAAAAUUUUUAAUUUUGAUGACUUAAAAUUUAUCUUUUUUUUCUUUUAUGGAUUAUGUGUUUGCAGGUCACAUAGAUUUUUUUUCCUGUUUUCCUCUAGAAGUUUUGCAGCUUUAGGUUAUACACUUAGGUGUAAUUUGGGCUGUGACACAAUGGGGUUGGCAUUUAGCAAGAUUCUCUGGUGCAGCAAGGAAGGUGUUUGGAGGAAGACAGCCCCGAGGCCUGAAACUGGUGAGUCUUGUAGAGACGACUGACGGUGGCUUCCUCUAACGGUAGUGGAGAAAAUGGAACUUGAGAUACACGGAAUGUAGAAUGACUGAAGGAGGUGUCAAGAGUGAUUCCUGGGUUUCUUCCUUAUGCACAAAUUGAGGAUAACUUACUUCUAAGUUUUUGUACUUCAAACUGGCCCUCAACAGUUUUCUUCUUUUGCAGAAAUUAUAUAUUGGAAAUUUGACCAGACAGGGACUGGACACAGUUAUCUAAAACAGCACACUUGCAUCAGCUCCUUCCUUAGGCACUGCCUGCCGCCCAGUACUCAAUUCUAUCCUCCCAAGUCCAAAGACCUUUGCCCUCUCGGUAUCGGGAAAGGUGCCCAAGUCCUACCCGCAGGGCGCAGGCAGCGGGUGGCGCAUGCCCAAAGAGGCCGUGUAGAGCUAGCUGACAGCCAGGAGAGCAGAGGACUAUAGAGGGUCCCGCCAUCUUGUCCGGCCCGCGACGCAGCUGGCCCUUCCUGAAGACUACAAGUCCCAUGAGCCCCCGCGGCGGCACUUCCUACCCCUCACUGUCCGGCCCGCUCCCGCUCCCGCUCCCCCUCCCGGGGCCGAAGGCUCUGGCUGCAGCCAGGCGGCUGGCGGGCCAGGUAGGAUUUCCGGGGGAAACUGCUGUGGAGGCUGAGGAGGCGGCGGCGGCCACCCGGAAACUAUACUCCACCUCCCAAAACUGGUUAAUUGUGGCAUGGAAGAUCCAUUUGACUUCUCCAGAGAACCCUGGGACAGUAGAAGAAGCAAGCCAGCCCACCGCAGAUCCAGGCAUGGUCAUGGACAGUGUGGAAGCAGGAGACACAACGCCUCCCACCAAAAGGAAGAGCAAGUUCUCAGGCUUUGGCAAGAUCUUCAAGCCCUGGAAAUGGCGGAAAAAAAAAAGUAGUGAUAAAUUCAAAGAGACAUCAGAAGUUUUAGAGCGAAAAAUAUCUAUGCGAAAACCAAGGGAAGAGUUGGUUAAAAGAGGGGUUCUGUUGGAAGACUCUGAGCAGGGUGGUGAGGAUCCAGGGAAGUUGAGCCAUGCCAUGUUAAAAAAUGGCCAUACCACUCCCAUAGGGAGUACCAGAUCUUCUAGUCCAGAGCAAGCAGAAGAAGAGUCAGGAAGAAUAGCAAGUCUUAGCAAUCCUGUUCCAGAAGAGGACCCAAAGAAGCGACUAGGCUCAACUGGAAGCCAGCCUAAUUCCGAAGCAGAGUCCGUUCCUGAGAACGCACCCAGACAGCCUUUGCUUCCCCCUAAAAGACCCUUGUCCUCUUCUCACGAAGCAAAUGAAGGGCAAGCAAAGGCUGCCGCUUCCUCUGGCAGCACGGCAUGGCCCAUCUCCUCGGCCCCCGCUGCCGCCCCCACCACAGCACCCGCUGCCGCCCCUGCUGCUGUGAACCCAGCAAAGACUGUUGGUUCCUCCGUCCCCCCGUCCCCCGCACCCAGGACUCUGCCCACCGCUCUGGCUGGCGCAAACACUACCGCUGCCCCAAGCCUCACUCCCGCGGUCCCUGCCAAGCAGCCGCCUGUCCCUCCCCCUAAACCAGCUCACAGAAAUAGCAACCCUGUCAUUGCUGAACUGUCCCAAGCAAUAAACAGCAGUACAUUAUCAAAACCGUCCCCACCCUUACCACCUAAGAGAGGCAUUCCAUCAACCUUGGUACCCGCCUCGGAGUCUGCCGCUGCCACCACCACAAAAGCACCGAGUGAUCAGAGAGAAAGGAACACAUGCUCUGUGGGCUCUGAACCACUGUUAAUGAUCCCACCUCCCUCUCCAUCCCCCCCACUGCCUACUCAUAUACCUCCUGAACCCCCGCGGUCCCCUCCAUUCCUUGCUAAGACUUUUCAAGUUGUGCCAGAAAAGGAGUUCCCACCUUCCUUAAACCUGCCCCAGGAGGUAUCCCAGCAGGAAGAUCAGAAAAAGGAAGUACCCAGGAGGAUGUUGGACCACAGCUUUGGGGAGCCGCAUGUACCCUGUAGGCUGCCUCCACUCCCACUGCAUAUCCGAAUCCAGCAGGCCCUGACCAGCCCACUUCCCAUGACUCCUCCCUUGGAGGGCUCUCAUAGAGCUCAUUCCUUGCUUUUUGAGUACAGUGACAACUUUUCUGAGGACAGCAGCACCCUGGGUCGGACCAGGUCACUUCCCAUCACUAUUGAAAUGCUGAAAGUUCCAGACGAUGAAGAAGAAGAGGAACAAAGCCACCCAUCUGCAUUCAUUGAAGAUGCGGCAUCUACCUCAGUUGUUCCUAAACUACCACAGUGUCUGCAGGAGGAAGAGGAAGAGAAGGAGAGUGACUCUGAUUCAGAAGGUCCCAUUCAAUACCGAGAUGAAGAGGAUGAAGAUGAGAGCCAUCAUAGUGCUCUGGCCAACAAAGUGAAGAGGAAGGACACACUGGCAAUGAAGUUGAACCACAGACCCAGUGAACCAGAGUUGAACAUGAAUUCUUGGCCUCGGAAAAGCAAAGAGGAAUGGAAUGAAAUACGGCACCAGAUUGGGAACACACUGAUCCGACGGCUGAGUCAAAGACCGACACCGGAAGAACUAGAACAGCGAAAUAUACUACAACCUAAAAAUGAAGCUGAUCGGCAAGCAGAAAAACGAGAGAUUAAACGUCGGCUCACUAGAAAGCUCAGUCAAAGGCCGACUGUGGCUGAACUACUUGCCAGGAAGAUCCUGAGGUUUAAUGAAUACGUGGAAGUAACAGAUGCUCAAGAUUAUGACCGGCGAGCCGACAAACCUUGGACCAAACUGACCCCUGCUGACAAGGCUGCCAUAAGAAAAGAAUUAAAUGAAUUUAAAAGCUCAGAGAUGGAGGUUCAUGAAGAGAGCAAACGUUUUACACGCUACCAUCGUCCAUGAUGCUGAAGUCUGAGAGAGGAACUAAACAACUCCCCAACACAGGACUGCUUGGCUGCUUCAGUUUCCAGAGUGAUGUGAAAGGAAUUUCUACACUUCUCAGCACAGCCAGGAUUGAGUCCUCUGGGAUGUAGUUCUGGGGCGAACAGCACUUCUAUGAAUGUAGCAUUUCACUGGAAUGGGUGGUCAUGUGCUGCUCUGGACAAAACUGAACACUUUUUCAGUGCUCUUGAACCUUGUAAUAUUACAGCAUACUUGAGGGGUCUUCCUCACCAGCCACCCUCGCCCCAAGAUGACUGCCUGCGCUGGGGCACAGUUUGCACCAUUAGCCUUACCUGCUCAGUCCUGGUUGUGAGAUCCCCUUGUGUAGGUACCAAAUUCCAGCUGUCAAAUCCAGCUGGUAGUGGGAAGAACCUUUUGGAGGCCCCCAGCCUUCUGGCAAAGGGGCCCCCACCUCCAGGGCACGCCUCCACACCACACUGGCACGUCAGUUGAAAGCAUCACACUAUGCCUCUCAUAACACAGCAGUAUAGUCCUCUUCAGGCAGUCCAGCCUCAGAGAAGCUCAGGAUCUGACGUGUUCCAACUUUUUGGCACAAGUCAUCCUAAUUUUUAUUUUUAAAAUUAAAAAAAAAAAAAGUCUUGAAGAAGUGCUGGAAACUUACAUUUUUCCUAUCUAUUAAACAAUCUGAGCUGCAACUAGAUUCCAAGUUCGGAAAAUGAGAAAGCAUGUAUGUUUUCUAUAUACAAAACCAAAACCAAAAAAGGCCUUUAUUGUUAAUGCCAACUUGUCAGAAAACUCACUCAUGGCUUAAAUUUUAUAAGCUAUUGUACUUUCGUCAUACCAAAUGAUAUUCUAAAUUAUUCUGACCAAUAGAUGUAGCCUCCUCCAAUAAAAAAGAGGUUUGAAAGACUGUGGGAGCAGCCGUCCUCCUUGGGCCCCCACGCUUCCAGCCAGAAUCACUGCAAGGUCUCGGAACCCGGGGUGCUGGACCGGAAGGGGUCUCUGGAGGAGGAAGUAGGAGGGACACAAUCAUGACCCGCUCCUCCUCCCUUCUCCUCAGUGCUGUUGGCCCUCUCUGCCAAGCAGUCGCCAAUGUCGUUGGUGCCCGGGCCUUGGCUCAGCCCCCACCCCUUUUUGUAUUUGUAAUAUACAUUAACAUGAUUUCCUAAAACAGAAAAUUCAUUUGCUUUGAGUUUUUAUUUUGAAAACCAUACAGCCUCACCCUUUCCUUCUAAUACCUGUCCGUACUAAAUGGAAGGAAAAAAAUAGUUCCUAUUUAACUGAUGAAUGUGGCUUUUUUUCCCCUUAAUGUUCAGAAAAUUGUGGCUCUUUCACAGAUUUCUUCUGCAGUCCCUGUUCUGCUACAGCUGUUCAUAGAUGUUCCUCAUUUUCUGCUUUUAUGUCCCUAUAAAAAUUGCUGAAAACUCAGAAUCUGGUCAAAACAGAGGUGAGGUGACCUUUUUAAAAGGUAGUAUUUUCUCUUUGUAUGGGGAAUAGGGAAGUAUUCGGAUUUUUCAGUUACUGUCAAAUGCUUUGUGGGUAUGGAGCUAUCGUGGGGCGACAGCUCCUUGAAGCUCAUUACAUUUGGUGUGACUGCAGGAAAAGUGACAGUUCUACACAGUUGUUAGAGGUCUGUAUUUAAGGUAGCCACACACAUGACUUCUGUUAGUUUGGAGACUGUUUGGCUUAUACCAGAAUUCUCUGACUUGAAGUGACAUUUUCAACCCCUCUUCCGCUGCCUGGCUUUCCCUUAAUGUGCCAAGUUUGAAACACAAUUUGAUUUCCUGAGCUACUUGUCUGCUUUCUUUGUGCCACCAAGGACUCUAGUUCAUCUUUCAUCUCAUCAUGUUCUUUUGAAGCAAGAUGCUUUGGGGGUCUUUUCAGGUGUUUUUUAUAUAUACAUAUAUAUAUAUAUAAUGGAUUUUUUGUUCCCUUUUUGUGUAACAAUUCACAAUCAUAAUGUAAAGAAGAAAUAAAAAUUGGAUGUAUUGUACUUCAAGAUGCUUCCCUGAUGUACAGAAUCUCCUUGUAAAGUAAAUAAUUGCAUUGUAUAUCAGUCUUCCUAUCAAUAUUAAUUAUAAAGUAUUUUAGAAUUAAAAAAAAGC